GGGAGGGAGAGGCUACAUGAGACACCUUCUUGUAAUAUGAAGGACAGAGAGCAAAGUUGGAAACUCGUCGUUUCCGAACUACUAAUCAGCUCCUACGCCUGGAUGGAGGUGAUCGAUCAGGUCAUUUCACAAUACACCUCAGGUCGUCUUGUUUGACAGACACCCGGAAAGCAAAACAGAUACAUACAUCGUUAUCCGUAGGAACACUCGCCAUUGUGAUAUCAUCAGUUAGGACUGUUUUUGCCAUUUUUUGCUUUGUUUCGCAGAGAACAGAGAGCGACUGCAACGGCCCCCGCCAGCCGAGCGGCGAGUCGUGCGCGAACAACAUUCACGUUCGCUACCGAAGAAACGUUAAUACGUCACGUCUCCUCUGGGCCACUAACAAAGCGACUUCUCAACUCCACGCAUUAUGCGGGCCGAUGGCCACCGCCAGGAAUACGUGCUUACAUGCCGACAUUGUCCGUGUCGAACGUGAGCGCGCUACAGUUGAGCUAACUCGCGGCUAAGUGUGUAACUUUGCUAAUCGUGGCUAACAGCCGGGGCAGCUAGCUAGCCUGCAGGGAAAUGCGUUUGCUGCGAGCGUCAACGUAUGGAUUUGACGUAGCAUGUCCACUAAAUGUCGGUCGCACGUCCAGUGAAACGCUCCACUGGUCGUGUACGACACCCAGCAUCGACACGUGUCACUGGCGCCCAGCAGCUGGGUCGGUGAACAGAUACCGAUCAAUUAAUACAAAGAGCAGCUCUCGUCGCUCAAGCUAACGGCUAGCUAAUUUCGCCAUGUUGCCAUGAUUUCGGUUGAGCACCAGUGGGGCCAGCCAGGCCGGUUAAUUGGCCAGCGUUGUACCGGACACACACUCGUUCAUCCAUUGACUGCUCAAUAUCUACUUCUUAUUAUAGCACGUGUACACGUCAGUUGUGCUGAACCCAGUGUGGCGCGGAAAAGGUGGAAAAUAUCGUCAAAACACAAACCUGCGGCGCAAGACCUCGUUCGUCCCCUUCCUUCUCUACCGAACCUGGCAAUGUACGAGUGGAGCCAGAGUGCGCCGAUUGGUCGAGCAGAAGGCAAAUCGAACAUGGAGGGUCAGGAUUGGCUAAGGAGAGACGUCAAUCACGAAAGCGGGCCAGGGGCGUUUUCGACCAUUUUCCGGCUGCUGCGCCGGUUAUUUACUCUUGAUGAUCAAGUUUUUCGCGUUUAAAAUGUACGAUCUACUGGCGAAGUGUUCGUUUUUUGGCCAUUCUAGGGACUUGUAGUGACACUAUCGUUAAGUUUCAAAGACGUCUAAUGGGACAUUAAAGCGUAUGUGGUAAUACUUGGACACAAGGCUAAGGUACUGCAGCGCCAACUUUGGCGCCUUGGCUGCUUCUCACAACAUGUCAUAGUCGAGCCUGCCUCCAUGCUCCGCAGUAUCCAGGCGUGACCCUCUGCAGUGACACGGGGCUUAGCCACGCUGAUAUGACGACCACAAAAUAACAGAAUGCAAUUCUCCUGUGUUCUCUAUUAUGCUGUCAAGUGGCUCCAGAGAUCCACAGAGAAGAUGACCCCCCUCCAUUAAGCCCCGGGGAUUGCAGGGUGCUGUCCACUGAAUGAAAUGAAAUGCAACAAUUCUGAGCAUUUCUUGUAUACUACACUUGCAGGAGAGUGAAAGCCUUUUGAAACACAGAUUUACAUGUUCAAAAGUUUUAAAGUUCUAACUGACCAGAAGCUGGUGUUGUGUUCCUGAAGAGAAAUAGCAGAAAGCAAAGACAGAGAAGCAGUUGAAUGCACAUAGAGGAAGGGGAUGGCACCUGAAAUCCAUGCUGUGGUACGUGCCACCCAAGCCUGGCUGCAGGCCUCCUGGCACAUCCAGGUGCCCUUUGCCUGGCUGGAAGCCUGCGUGGACUGGCUUCAGGAAGACGCAGGAGGGGCAGGUCGUCUGUCGCAGCAGCAAAUCAACCAACAGGCGCUGGACCAGUGGCUGUUGACAGAUCUGAGGGACCUGGACUACCCGGUUCUCCCUGAAGGACUUGCUGCGGUCCAGAAGACCCAACUCAGGGGCACCUUCUGUGUUCAGGUGGACUCAUUGCUGGACAUCAGUCAGCCUGCGUACAGUCAGCUGCAGAAAUGGAGGGGCACAGACUGUGGCAACGAUGAAGUGAAUGCGGUUACGCAGACCACCCAGAGGCCCUGGGAAGCCAGACCAACCCGUAUGCUACUACUGCAGGUGACAGAUGGAGUCCAGAGCUUGGAGGCCAUGGAGUAUCAGCCUAUCCCUGCACUCAGCUCAGCACUCAGGCCUGGUGCAAAGCUGCAGUUGCAAGGACAGAUGGUUUGCAGACUUGGGAUGCUGCUCUUGGGGCCGUCCAACAUCAAAAUCCUGGGUGGUGAGGUGGAGGACUUGGUGGACAGGAAUAACCAGGGCCGCAUGCUGUGUCGGACGCUGGGUCUUCCUGAGGAGCAGCAGCAGCAGCAGCAGGAGCAAGACGAGGCCCCACCAGCACCACAACGAGUUAACCAUGAAGUGGAAGAUCUGGAGCUCGAUGAUGCAGAGUUGUUGGCCAGUCUGGAGGCCCAGGAGGAGGUGAUUCAGGUUGGGUCUGUCCGGGACAGCGGCUACGGGACGCGUAGUGAGACCUCCACACAGUCCUCGAGAAGCUCCUCCGUCAGGAGCUUUGUCUCCGCAGCCUCAUCCAGAAGUGAAGCCUCCAUACACUCUUACAGAAGUGGGUUAACCCAGAGUAGCAGAGGUGGUUCAAUUCAACGUCAUCGCCUCGAACGAGAGGAUUCGGACCCCUUCGACAUCUUACCCUCUGACCACGAGUUUCAACCAGAGGUCCAACCUCAUGGCGUAGCAGAGGAAGACUUCCCUGACGAAGACUUUGACGAUCUUCCCCUGGACGAGUUGGACAGUGAGAUUUUUCAGGAAACUACAAAUGUCACUGCACAGUCUGAUAUCAGGCACAGAAGCACGUCACCAGAUAACAGCAGAACAACUGGAAAUCCAAACAGUUUGGACAGUACCACAAAACUUCAAACUGCACAGUUUGAGCGGCACAUUUCAAAUGGCUCUGGGUCUCGGUUGGGUUCAGGCAACUCUAGAUCCAUCAUGCAAAAAAGAGACUAUGAAGGCUUUAGUAAAGGAGAGUUUGUGAGGAAUGAUGACAAUGAUUUUAUGGAUGAAGACAUGGACUGCUUUCUUGAGGAGGUAGAAACCCAUGGAGUGCAAACUCAGAGGACUGGAGGGCAAAAUCAUCUCCCUGUGCAACAAGGACCUGGAAGAGACGGAGAUAACGCCACCAAAGCAGGUAGUUCAGGGUACAGUCAUACACUCACCAGCAAUUCAUCAAGGAGUGUAAGAGAUAGGUUUCCUGUUAACACCGAGCUUGCAUUUAAGAGCUCACGCAGCACACCUCCGAGGCAAAUUUCCAUCACGCCUGAUAGACUUUCUGCUAAAAAGGAGCCACAGAGUGACAGCACAGGCCCUGCUCUCACUCUGACCUCUCCACCUUUUACGUACUUGUGCCUGCUAGAAGACCUGAAGACCACACCACAACCCUACACCACCGAAAUCCGCGUCAAGGCUUUCAUCGUAACUCUCUUGGGCAAACUGAGCAGCAGCAACAAAGUUUGGAGCAUCUCCGCCACAAUAUCAGACGGAACUGGUUAUCUGGACGCGGAGUUGUCCGAUGAGGUUUUGACAGGCUUGCUGGGCUUCUCUGUGGUGGAGAAGGCAUCGCUGAAGCGUGACCCAGCCCGGAGAGGUGAGCUUGAUGUGGGGAUGAGGAGAUGUCAGGAAGAGCUGGUGGACAUGUGCUGCGUAAUGACCAUUGUGGUUGGACCACAGGGUAGGAAACCUGUGGUGACCAUGGCAGAGCAGGUGAGUGAGAAAGUUCUCCAGGAGCUGGAGCAGAGGGCGAGAGACCUGAAGAAAUAAACAGAGUAGAAAAUUACAAGUAGCAGAGAAGUGUAUUGCUCUUGACAAGAGACAAGAUAAUUUCCAACAAAACUGAAGCACAUAUAAUACUGAACAUCAGCAUUUCCUCAGACAUUUCCCUUCAUGAAGUAAUACUAAGGUGUUGGUAUUGGUUAUCAAUCUGCCCUUCUGCUUCAGAUUUUGAGAGCAGAAUGUGUGAACUGGAUGUCUGGUGAUCACCAAGCAGUGUGUUGCAAUGCACCCCAUCUGCUAUAUGUGAAUGUGACAUUCUGUCAUUUGUCAUUAGAGGAUUUCAUUCAUCUAGUCAGCUAUUUUCUGCUUGAAAUUCAUCAAUGCCAAGAAAAGUAAACGGACGAAAGAUGGACCAUUUUAUCUAUACGUUAUUUCAAUGAUCGGUUAUUUGCAUAUUAGUUCAAGCUAUAUAGAGUUGACCAUGCAAAAUUGUAUGUAACAUUAAAAACUAUGCAAAGAUAAGAGGGAGCCAUUUGAGAUGAGAGAAGGGAAAGUAGGGUAAAAAUGAUAAUGAAUACUCCGAUUGUUGUAAUGAAUUUCCAGCCUUUGUAUUCAUUCAGUUCAUCCAUUGCUUCUUGCUGAAAAAUGAUUAAAUAUCCAAGGGCAGCAGGAGUCUUUAAUACACCCCCCCAGAAGAGAAUGAGAGGAGAUGAAGGUACUGUAAAGGAGAGGCCAUGAAAAUUUCUGUUCACUGUAGAGUGUCAUUUAUGUUUUCGUCUUUGAUGAGCAAAUAUUCCACAAAUGUGUUUUGCUUGUAUUCACUGUAUACUGAAAUAAAACUGUUCUCAAGGUUUUAUAA